AUGAUUGGGGUUUCAAUUACACCGGCCAAUGGGUCAGGUGGCGAUCGUACAAUAGCGACAGACAAGGAUGCUGCAUUGGCUCUUGUGAGCAACGAUGUCGCCAUGGAAAUCGACCCAACAGUCGAGAAGCGGGUGUUGAGAAAGAUCGACUUGUUUUUCAUGCCCGCGAUGCUCGUUGGCUAUGGAAUGGUCUACUACGAUAAGGCAAUUCUUGGAAGUGCUUCUUUAUUUGGAAUGACCACCGACCUGCAUCUGGCUAUUAUUGACACCUCUACGCAUCCCCCUACAACGGAUACAUCUCGCUUGAGCUGGGCCACGUCCAUCUUCUACUUCGGUAUGUUGGCCGGCCUAUAUCCCAUGUCUCUUAUUUUACAGAGAUUCAACACUCGCUAUGUUCUUGGUCCACUGGUCGUUGUUUGGGCAGUUGUAUGCGCUGCCACGGCGGGAGUAUCUACCUGGCAAGGACUUUUUGUGCAGCGCUUCUUUCUUGGUUUCGUCGAAAGCGUCAUUCCAACCAGUUUCAUAGCAACAGUCAGCAGUUUUUAUACCCAAGAGGAACAGGCCCUCCGGCACUCCUGGUGGUUUUCCGGCACAGGAGUAUUCACCAUCAUCGGGGGCGCUCUUAACUAUGCUUUUGGGCAAAUCACAUCGGGCGCGCUAAAGAGAUGGCAGUACAUUUAUAUUUUUUCUGGUGCACUAACUUUUAUUUUCGGUCUCUGGUGCUUGGCUAUACCCAAUUCUCCUGUUUCGGCCUGGUUCUUGACUCCUGAUGAAAGAGUCGUUGCAGUGGAGCGUCUCCGUCGGGGUCAGAUGGGUGUCAGGUGCCAGAGAAUCAAGCUGAACCAGGUCCGAGAAUGCUUGACAGAUGUCAAAUUCUAUCUAAUUGGCAUAAUGAUGGCUUCUGCCUACACGAUAAAUGGUGCCGUAUCAGGGUUCGGUCCUUUGAUAGUGAGCACCUUUGGCUACGAUACACUCGACAGUAUUCUUUUUCAAUUCCCCCUCGGCGGUGUUUGUGUCAUUUUCAUCCCGUUAUGCGGGUACGUCGCCUCUCGUGUUCCCAAUACCCGUAUUUAUAUGCUGCUUGCCUGCUGCCUACCCGUCAUUGUCGGUUGUGCUUUGAUCUGGAAGUCAUCCUGGGGUUAUCACCCAGUUGCCCCUGUCGUUGGGUAUUCAUUAACGGGGUUCUUUGGGCCUGUUGUGAGCCUGAUCAUCACUCUCGGAGCAAGCAAUGUUGCUAGUGCGACAAAGAAAACGAUUAUGGCCGCAACUGUGUUUGUUGCCUACACGGUGGGAAAUAUUAUCGGCCCACAGUUGAUCAAUUCAAAGACAAAGAACCGGCAUUAUCCGGAGUUGUGGACUGGGUUGAUAAUCUGUUACUGCAUCACCAUUGCCAGUUCGAUUGUUUUUUAUGUUGUUUUGAGGCUAGAAAACAGACGAAGAGACCGCUUAGAGUUGGAUGAAAGCCUUCGCGACAAGGUGGCAUUUGCCGAUAUGACAGAUGGAGAAAACAUGUUCUUCAGAUACGUUUUGUAG